AUGGAAAAGAAAGUCCUUGAUCUCAUAUUAGUCCCAAGUGGUCUCCUUGUGACCAUAGCAUACCAUUUCUGGCUCCUCCACAGAAUAAUCAAACACCCCACCAAAACUGUCAUUGGUGUCAAUGCAAUGAAUCGCCGUUUCUGGGUUCAAGCCAUGAUGGAGGAUGCGUCCAAGAAUGGUGUUUUGGCAGUGCAAUCCUUGAGGAACAACAUAAUGGCAUCGACCCUCUUGGCUUCCACGGCUAUAAUGCUGAGUUCUCUCAUUGCUGUGUUGAUGAGCAGUGGCAAUGAGAGGAAAACUGUGGUAUCUGAGGUUUUUGGGGAUAGGAGUGAGUUUGGUUUGUCCAUAAAGUUUUUUUCUAUAUUGGUGUGUUUCUUGUUGGCGUUUUUGUUGAAUGUGCAGUCCAUAAGGUACUAUAGCCAUGCAAGUAUCCUCAUCAACGUACCCUUCAAGAAAGUGACCCCAAAUCUUAGGCAUCAGAUGCUAACAUCUGAGUAUGUUGCCACCACUGUGAACCGUGGCAGCUAUUUCUGGUCCCUUGGAUUGCGUGCCUUCUACUUUUCUUUCCCUCUCUUCAUGUGGCUCUUUGGACCCAUUCCAAUGUUCUUUUCUUCACUUGCCCUUGUUUUCAUGCUCUACUUCUUGGAUGCCACGUUUGAAUGUGGAUGGGCUGGGGUUGCUGAUACUGACAGUAUUGAAGUUGAAUUGGACAACCACCAUAUUGAUAUGGAAAUUGGAAGGGCCAAUUAG